AGCGACGCCUACUGGUCAUUUGCUGAGAAUCGCGACAACAUGCCUGGUAAGGAGAGAAGGAGGAAACAAGAGGCUGUUAAAGGGAAUGGACCCCUCAGCGGAUGGAUUAAAAAGAGCACAGAUGGACAGCAAGUGAGAGCAGCCCCUCAACAGCAACAUCGUGCCCCGUCAGAAAAUAAUCCAACGGCUUCCAAUCAGACUUCCACUGAGAACCCAGCUGCUUCCUCAGCCAAUCAGAAUCUUGCAGACCAGCUGAAGAUAGAACCUGACGAUGAGAAAACUACACUGGACCAGAAACAUCAAAGUCACUCAUUCUAUUAUCAAAUUAAUAAGGACAAUCACAUGGUUACCUGCACUAAACGGUGCACAGUGCUGGAGGCCCUUCAAGCAGAUCCACCUUUCAAAACCUUUUUGGAGAGAAACAAAGGAAAAAGCAUUAUCAUUGAAAGAGACGACAGCUUUAUAGCCACACACUUUCCUUGUCGGCUACUUGAACGUGGAGAAACUGUCAUCAUUAAAUGUUUUUCUGGUGAGGCAGCUGAGGUUCCCGAUGGUGAUGAAAUAAAAGAUGGUGAUAUCGUCACUUUUUGCAUUAGCAGUAUUGGUGGAUUGAACAUGAGGCAAAUGCGUUUUUUGAGGAACUCAAAUCUUAAAAACAACAAGCCCCUUUGCAUAUAUGCGUAUAUUGGGGAGACGGUAGAGGAUGCAUUGAAAAGAGAUGGUCGAUUUGCAGAUGAAGUGUUUCAGGGAUCGAUCUCUCUAUACAAAGGAGGAGAACAACGAACAAAUAUUCAGUUAACUACAAAAAUUUCCGCAGAAUUUGCCCGGCUGAAGAUUUUACAGCUGAAAAAAACAGCACUGAAGAGACUGGCAGGAGACAAAACACCGACUGAUAAGAGGAAGCCUAAAUCCAGCAGAAAAUCUGACCCUAGUUCUAAUGCUGACAAUCCAUCCACAAGCUCUGCUUCUGGUGGAUCCAAACCCAGCUCAGACAACACCAAACCAGAUAAGAAGACUGAUUCGCGCAAGAAAGAACAUGGGAUUCCGGACUCCACAGAAAUCCUGAAGAUUCUACGUGAGCAGUUUCAAGGUCUCGUGGAGCUGAUGAAGGAAAGGCACAAGAAAACGAAAGUAGAAGAUGUGGUAGAGUUAAUAAGGGAGGAGUUUGGAAAGAACAUACAGAGUUUCUCUGAAAUAAGGCAUGUCAAGAAACUGAUGGAUAUGAGCGCUUCAGUAUGUUACAUUGAGGUUGAGGAGCACAUGAAAGCGACAGGCUUCUUGCUGUUUGAUCGUUAUAUCCUAACAAACGCACAUGUCAUUAAGGAUAUUACUGUCAAUAGUGUUUUACAGAGAAAAGUUCGUGUCACAUUUGCCUUUGAAGGGCGCACAAAAAAACCCAAGAAAUUUUGGCGCGUAAAAGAAGAGGUUGUGGCUGCCCGGUACGUUGUGGAUAAACUGGAACAUUCGAUGGAUUUUGCUUUACUGGAGCUAGAUGACUUGCCUGGGAAGCCCGAUUUACCUCUUGCUCUUUUACGUGAAUAUGCACACUUACCAAAAAAGGGAGGGAUCUGUCUCAUUGGUCAUCCUGAUGCGGGGGUGAAAAAGAUGGACUUAAGUGCCAUUAUUGAAGAUAAAGAAAGAGCAAAUGCAGUAGAUAUACAUUUUAGCGAGAGAGGGCGUCACAUUGAGUAUAUCAAUCAAUUGAAGGAUAAAGAAUUGACAUAUAACACAUAUUUCUUUGAUGGGUCCUCAGGCUCUCCGAUCUUUGGGGAAAAAUGCCAACUGGUAGGCUUGCAUACUGGUGGCUUCUCUUAUAAAACUGCUGGAAAAAAGAAUAGCGUGAUUGAGUUUGGCAAUUCCAUGAGGUCAAUACUAGAGCAUUUACUGCUACAGAUGAUGGAGGAAAAGAAAUGCGAACCUCUGUCAAAGUUAAUUGCUGAAACAAUGAAGAGCAAAUUUGCAAUUCAGGUUGUUGCAGAAUUUAUCCGGUAUAUGCUACAGGGGUGGAAAGAAGAUCUGGACAGUGUUUUAUUGACAGUCAUCACUACUGCAAAGGACUGUGAUGGAUCCACUGAUGGAUCUUCCGAUGCAUCCUCCGAUGGAUCUUCCGAUGGAUCCACUGAUGGAUCUUCCGAUGGAUCUUCUGAUGUAUCCUCCACUGGAUCUUUCGAUGGAGGCUCCGAGCUGCAUACCUUACUUCGUGAAAUCAUUCCAACAGAAGAUCUCCAGACACUGAUGAUUAAUAAUGGUUCUUCAAAGAGUCUACAUGAACUCUCUGAAUUUCUCAAAGAGAAAGAGAAACCCAUGGAUGUCGACCAGCAGACUGCAGGGAACCAGACCACUCCGUAGGAGCCUUCAAAAACAGGGAGAGAAUGAGCAAACUCUUAGUUACUAUCAGAAUGACUUACAGUUAUAUCUGUACAAGUGUAAAUGGAUAACAAUGCAAUGCAACCAUGUAUUUAACUGAAAUGAUAGGAGAGUAAAAUGGAAGAAUCUCUAAAACUGUUUAUAAUAAUGAAACAAAGAUUGAUUCACUGUAUUCUGGGUGGGGUUCAUUCACAUUUGCAUUUAUCUAAUGUCUUCAUAUUCGUUUCUAUAUAUUAUAAAAACAGUUUGUAAAAGUUGAUAUAAGCACAAUAAAGUAAUUAAUACUGUA